AUGAAGCUGCCAACGAUCGCUUUCCUUCUCGUGCCACUUCUCGCGUUCCUUCUUGGCCUCUUUGCGCUCGAAAAUGUCGCUGCUGGGCUUGAGCGGAAUCGGUCCACCACCGCGAUCGCAGCUUUCGACUUUGUUAACAUGAUGUCUAUGCUUGGAACGGAGGAUACCUUCGAAGCCACGGAUGCCACUGCCACUAUCAAUCACCGAAAGGCUGGUAAACAUCCUAAAAGACAUUGCAUCCCACGUCGCGCCAACCUUCAACUACUACGCACUCGAUGCUGCCCUCCUCAGCCUGCAAUUAUGCAGCUGAUUGCUGCUCAUAAGGUUGAACUUGAGACUGCAAACACAGAUGAAAAGGACACGAUACCUCUUCGGCCUGUACACCAACAUUUGGUCACGACUCAUUGCAGCUUGUUGCUGUGCGACUCGAAGCGCACCCCUAAAGCCAGCCCCAGUUAG